GGAAUGUGUGAAGGGGGUAGAAAAGCUUAUUGUGUUUGUUUUAAUUGUCAAGGAGAAUAUUGUGAUGAGGAGGAAGAAAAGUGAGGGAGGGGGUGGAAAGCUUUAUAUUACAAUUUGCGUACAUGCAGCUAUAUUGAAUUAUUAAUUUACUCCUAAACAUUUCUGUUUUCUUUUUUUUUUUGUUGACUGGUUUAAAUAAAAUCGACAGGUUGAUGUGCUUGCAUUUAUAGUCAAGCAAAAUUUUUCUAUUUUCAUUUGUUUUUUUCUUCUUCUUCUUCAACAUGAACAACAAACGAAACCCUAAAAAACUCGCCUUGAAUAUUUCGAAAAAGCAAGGAUCUUUUACAAGACACAAAACAGAUGACUAUCAAACAGGUCCAGCAUGUAUUCUACCCAACUUGUAUUUGGGUGCAUACCACAAUGCACUAGAUACAGCUCAAUUAGAACGACACCGGAUCAAUUGUAUCAUUAACGUGGCCUGUGAGAUCACUAUCAAGACUAUACCUCAUCACAUCACCUAUCAUCAUUUUGCAUGGACACACAGCCAGCAAGACCUGGCUAAAUCAGAAUUCACUCGAGCUAUCAGUUUGAUCUAUCAAGCACAUAGUCAACACCAAACAGUUCUUAUUCAUUGUCAACAAGGAAUUGAACGAUCUGCUGCUCUUGUGGUCGCAUUCCUGAUACACUUAUCUUCUUCUGCUCGUGUAUGGUCAUUAGAUGAUACAUUGCGGUUUGUCAAGACAAAAGCACCUGGCAUUCGACCCAAUAUGGAGCUAAUUUAUCAGCUAAGAGAAUAUGAACGCUCUCUGACUGUAAAAACUAGACCACGCAGGUCAGAAUCUGUUAGCGAUUUCAAUAAUGUACAACUCAAGAAACGACAAAGAUCUAUCAGUUGCAGAGAUGAAUGGUCAAUGUCUCAGUCGUCCAGUGAAAACAAAAAACAGCACGUGACAAUUGAUACCAAUAAAAAAAAGGCUCUAGCCAUCACGUCCACACUUGUCAUACUAGCAGCUAUCUAUUACCAAAAAAAGCACAAUGAUUCCUCCCUUAAUUAUUUAUUCAACAUAGAAAAACCAGUUUAUCCUAUUUUUUAAUUUCCAAUUGUGUAAAAAUAAAAAAUUGUAGGCGGAGUUGGCGUCUUGAAGAUGAAGC